CAUAUUACGCCAUACUCAGAUUGCUAUAACUAACUGUACAUGUAGGAGAUGUUAAUGAUUCAGAGAGAGAAGAAUAUUUCCAAUAAUUCUACCAAAGGCAAGAAAAAACGAAGACACAAAAUAAACACAGGAGUACCGUAUAUAUGCUUUGUUGCCAUCAUGGAAGAUAAGUAUUCCGACGUGUUACUAGACUGUUUCGUUGAGUUCCGGGACACCAUAGACCCAAGGAUUAUAAGAGGAGAGCUCUUCCAGCGCAGAAUAAUCUCACCAAAACGGUUGGAAGAGAUAUGGAGCCCUGUUCGCGCACAAAGCUGUGAAAAUAUUUUGAUUGAACUCAUUGAAAACAGCCCAUGUAAAAUAAAAUCAUUUUUGGAAAUUUUAGUGAAAGAUCACAGCUUUCUAGUGGAAAAGUAUCAUUCCAGAUUUGUCGAAAAAUAUAGUUCUGGGUAUGGAGUUCAUAGGCAAAGAAAAUUAGAUAUUUUUACAGAAUAUAGGAAAGUGAAAACUGUCCCUUUGCGACAUAAACUAAAGCUUUUGUCACACAAAGGAGAAAUAGACAAAUUUAAUUCAAUAAUAAGAUUUUGGGAAGAUAAGUGGGAGUCUGCGCUAUCGAAUAAGUGUAUGAAAAAGGAAAAUCCAUGUUUAGCAGAUAUGUAUUUCAUGACUUUGGAUGCCCAGCUUGAACAUCGCCGUGUCGUUUGUGAUCGCAACCUCAUCAAAGAUGAAGUUCUUUUCAAUAAAGUCAAAAACAUCACGGCUAUGACUUCUCAACCAUAUAUAUCAUAUAUGAUGUACUUAGCCAGACACGGGUCUGCAAAACUUUUGGCGGGAGUGUCACUAGAUGAAAGUAUAAAAGAGGUUGAAGAGGCCCUUAGCCGAUUUGAAUUAAUACCAGCAUGUCGAGAAACUGGAAUUGUGCUUUACAUUUUAUUUAAUAUGGUAUCUAGUAGAUAUGAGAAAGGACCAACAGAAUCGGAGAGAACAUUUCUACUGAAAACAGCCAGUGAAGCGAUUGAUCAUUUUGGAAGAGAAGAUGAAAAUAUGGCUGAAGACUUUAAAAGAAUGGUCCUGACAAAAAUUGCUCUUGUAAAUCUUGGAAUUGGAGUUUUCGGGAAUCAGAUACCAGGAAUUAUUGUGACCAAUGAAAACAAAGAGAAGGCCAAUGAAAUUCUUAAAGAAAUACAAGAAAAUUAUUGGGAUAAAAUGGAAGUUCGGUGGAAAAUGUUUUUCUAUAUUGCAAAAACAAGAGUUUAUGAAUUAGAUGGAAACAUAUCAAAGGCUUUUAACAGCAUAUCCAAAGCAAUGGAACUUUCAGUUCGUGGUAACUUUAAAGGAGAAGGGCUGAACAUUAAGAAACAA